AUGAUGAUAUUUGCUUAAAGUCGAUAAGUUUCUAAGAUAGAUUAUUAAAUUAAGAACCUAGAGGCUAUAAACUCUAAAUUUAAGCAUACAUAACUAGUUUUAUACAUUAGAAAUAAUUAAAAACUUUAAGAAAAAGAAUUAAUUUAUCAUUAUUAAAGACCAAAAUGUAGAUUUUCCUGCCUCAUUAAAUUCACAUCACUUGUAUUUGUUUUUAUUAUUCAGAUCGUAGCUUUAAGUCCUUAGAGUGAAAGCUAAUAAAUAAUAAGUAAUUAAACAUGUAAUUUUGAUAGCUGGUUAUUUAUGUUAAGCAGUAUUGAAAUUAAGAGAUAGAAACAAUUUACAACAGGCAAUUGAAUUGGUUGGAACUAGUAAUGCAAUCCCAAUCUGUGUUUUGAUAGCUGAAAUUAUCACAACAAACUCUCCAGGAUUAUCAUAGAUUACAUACUUUCAAAAGUGAUUAUUGAUACUAUCAUUAGAGAUAAUAAAACGCAGGAUUAACAGUCUUCUUAAAUUGGAAUUAGGAUCAAAUUAACCUAUUAGCCAACAGAAUCUGAAAUGAGAGAGCCUGGUUUUUAAUAGAGAAAAGUAGAUCCUCUCAAAUAGCAUAAUUGGGAUGACUUGUAUAAAUUUAUAUUGUUGUACUCAAAAGAUUUGUCAAUGAUUAAAAAUCAUGGUAAAUGUAUGUCAAAUAUUACUAGAGAUUAUAAGACUUUUAUCUGAUGAAAAAUAGAUGGAUUAAAGAUCAUCUUACUCUUCACGCCAUUAAUCAGAAAGUCAUAUUACUAAGAAUAAUUGCGAUCCUAAUUCAUUUGUUUAUACAUCCAAUCAUGGAACAGAUGAUGCAAAUAGAUCUAAAAUUAAAACUAGAGGAUAAAAAAGAUUAUGA